CAUCUUACCCGGCUCCGGGAGGGGUCACAGGUCAGUGCCCGAGCCCUACCGCCAGUGAAGGAAGACCAAGUGGGUGAUAUUGAACGGGCUGUGGACUUCCCGCCCUGGCGGGUACGAGCAGCGGGGGAUGGGCUCGGUAGGCGGAGAGGUGGUUUUUCCUCAGGGAAACUCAGGAUUCCCCCAGAGGACAAUGGAUUCUGGAACUCGCCCACUUGGUAGCUGCUGUAGCAGCCCUGCAGGACUCUCACGCGAGUACAAACUAGUGAUGCUGGGUGCUGGUGGAGUGGGGAAAACCAUGACCAUGCAGUUCAUCAGCCACCGCUUCCCAGAAGAUCAUGACCCUACCAUUGAAGAUGCUUAUAAAAUCCGGAUUCGUAUUGAUGAUGAGCCUGCCAAUCUGGACAUUUUGGAUACAGCUGGACAGGCAGAGUUUACAGCCAUGCGGGAUCAGUAUAUGAGGGCAGGAGAAGGGUUUAUCAUCUGUUAUUCUAUCACGGAUCGUCGAAGUUUCCAUGAAGUUCGGGAGUUUAAACAGCUUAUUUAUCGAGUUCGACGUACUGAUGAUACACCUGUGGUUCUUGUGGGAAACAAGUCUGACCUAAAACAGCUAAGACAGGUCACCAAGGAAGAAGGAUUGGCUUUGGCCCGAGAAUUCAGCUGUCCCUUUUUUGAGACAUCUGCUGCAUACCGCUACUACAUUGAUGAUGUUUUUCAUGCCCUUGUACGGGAGAUACGUAGGAAAGAAAAGGAGGCAGUACUGGCCAUGGAGAAAAAAUCUAAACCCAAAAAUAGUGUAUGGAAGAGGCUAAAAUCACCAUUCCGGAAAAAGAAAGAUUCAGUAACUUGAAGGGAAGACAUAAAGUGCUCAUCUGUGAACUGCAGUGCUUAAUCAAAGCAGUCCAGUAACCUGCAAUAGUGAGCAUGGUGCUUGCUCUUUCUCCUAUUAUGACCAUUAUUUUAAAAGUAACUGUUGAGGGGGAUAUGCCUACUAGGAGUCUACAAUGAUGUGGUAUUUAAAGUAUUAUCUCUUAGUUAUUCUAAUUUUUUAACCCAGUGGAGCACUGUCUGCUUUUAAAUUAUCAGAUUAGAAUUUGAUCUACCAAUGUUUUGGGUUCUGUUGCUGAUAUUAGUUAAUGUAAAUUGUUUAUAUUUGGGAGUAUAUGUAUGCCAUGUGUGUUUGACUAAAUUCACAAAAGAAAUUUUUUUGCCAUGCGCUCUACAUUAUCCUUCAACUUUAGUUUUCUCGGACUGCCCCAUAGAAGAACCUCAGUCUCCUAUUCACACUGUGCUUUCUAAAGACAGAACAAAAACUGUAUGAGGAGAUCAGUGCUAAAGUUCAGUGAAUAACUGUGGAUCUGACUCCUUUUGUGGAUAAUGGAGUGAUGAGAUUUAGGGAAAUCAGGCCAUAUGUUCACAGGGACUUGACUAGAAAAAGCUAAGAUCAGAACAGUGUUCGCAGUACAAGCCUUGCUUUUCUAAGAAGUGCACGUUUCACCAAAUGCACUGGGGUGGGUGAGAACACACAGAAGCAUAUAAAAUAUAUUGAAUGUUUCUUGUAGGAAGAAAUUUUACUCUUCCAUUCAGGGUUUUGCCUUUCUUUACCUUCAAAGGUGAACACUUUGGGAACCAUUACUGGAUUACUAAAUUCUUGUUUAAUCUACAUCCUUAGUUAGGACAGCCAUUGCCUUGUACAAGUUAAUUUUUUUCCCACAGAUGCACACACCAGUGCAUUUAAUUAAUUGUUUCUUAGUGUUUUGUCUUACUUCCCUGUGCUCUUUAGAAGAGCUACUUGCCUGUCAACAUGUUUUUUAGGCCCUUCAUCAGGCUGACUGCAUUUUCCAUACAGAAUAGAGACCAGAAGUUUGAGUAAAAUUAUGUAUGUGCCUCCUUGACAUCAACAGCCACUAGACUCAGUGCUCUGAGAAAGUCUGUGGUAUUUCUGUUUAAUGAGUCAGUCUUAAAGCUUUAAAGUUCACAUGUGUUGAGUUUUUCAUCAGAAGACUUCUUUACAAGAUCUUGCUAAGUUUGCCCCAGGAUUGUCUGAGCCUUGACAAAGUUUAGCCUAAGAGAAUACCACUUUGCUUCCUGUGCAUAGUUGAGAAACUAUAGUCCUAGGAAGAAACAGCUUUAAAUAUUGGUGGUGAGUUCUCUUUUAGGAUCAGGAUUAUUUUGAUAUCUGAACUUAUGUGUGGAGAGUAAAUGUAAAAGUGCUAAGAGUAAAGCAUCAUGUAUUGAAUAUUAAAUGUCACUGAAGCAGUAUUUGUGUCCACUUUAAACUCUUAGAAGAUGCUUUUGUGUAGUACCUCUUAGAAAGUGCACAGCUCAACUAUUUUCCAUUUUCAUUACCAGCAAGAGGACAGAUUUGUUGUGUUUUUCUUUAUAAACUAAUGGUAUGUGUUCUAGAUUUAAAGAAAAGUGAGUUGUAACUUUUUAGCUCUGUGUAGUGGUCCAUUUUGAAACUCCUGGAAACAUUUUCCUACCAACUAAAUCAUGUUUUACUGUACUCAAGCCAUCCAAAAGUGAAAAACCCAGAAUUUGAGUCUGUGCAAGUCAAAAAUCUCACAGGAACCAUAGCACUUUGGAGAAGCAUGAAAGUAGAAAAGAAAUACAAUGCGGUUCUACUACAACAAUAUUUCACCACAUUUAAACUAGUUUAGAGCCUUUUAGUUUAAUGCCUUAGCUUCUCAUUACUAAUGACUUAGGGAAUUGUUAUUAGUAUCAAGCAAGACAUUGACAGCUAUAUAAUUAUUGAAGAUAGUCAAGGCAAUGGAGAAUAUUGCCAGAAAGAAAGAUCUAUAAGAUAGAACGGAAUUUGUACUGUAUAUAAGAAAAAUAAUAAAUGAGUGUUUUUAAGACUACUGCUGUCAUAUAUUUGAUCCUUGGAUUAAUUAGUACAUCAAUUAGCAUUAAGAAUUCUAUUCAUGGUGCUAGAGAGUUUGAGGGGUAUAAUAUGUAUAUCUCAUAGUUCUAUUUGUAGUGAUUGUACAGUGUAGGUAAUUUAUAAGCUCUAAGGAAUCAGUUUUAUCUAACUUGAGAGCAUUAAAAUUAAUUACUGCCUGGAACUUUGAAGAGAGAAAAAUUCAGGGACAAGUUGAAAGGCACUGGAACUGUGCAUGUCCAUACCAGAUCACUAAAUUACAAGAUUCAGAAGCUAAUGUCUAGAAUUAGCUGUUUAGAAUUCAGAAGGGGACAUAAGUUUUAACUUUGUGAUAUAUUAGCAAGAAUUGAUCUACUAUGAUGUUUGGGGAGGAGAGAGAAAAUUUUUUUUACUUACACACUUGUAUAUGAAGACUAUGACACAAUACAAAACUUUUAAGCA